AUGAACUGGAGUGAUGGUGCAAACUUUUAUUUGCUCAAAAGUGUCAAAGUCUAUGGGAAGGAUUGGAAACUCGUCAGUAGUGCACUCUCAGUCAUCACUCACGCAUUUCUAAGGGAUGAUAAAGGAAAGGACUUUUCUGAAAAGAAUUGCUCUAUCCAAUACAAGUAUUUAAUCGCUUCUGCACGUCAAGCCGAAGGGCAGUCGGACUACCUCAAAGAGACCGACCUUCUGCAAAUCGCUUUAUUAAAUUAUGGGCAGCGUCGUCAAGAACAAAUCAAACAUGCGCGGGAACAACUUGUGGUUAAGCUAAAAGCUAGGCAAAGAGACAAUCGAAAGCUUCUUGCGAAUCGGUUUUCAGAAAUUACACCAGAAAGUCUCCUUAUUUAUCGCAAACGUUUGAGAGCUUUCGGCUUGCCGGAUGUGAUUGCCGAAUCUCUGCAUCUUGAACCCCUACCGUCAAAUCAGGAGGAGGAUAGGGAGACGCGUCGGAAUCUCUAUUACGACGAAUUGGCUAAAAGAGGCUUGCAUCAGGCAGUCAUCGAUGCAGAUAGUGGACUGUGGAUUCCGGUUUGCUCAGAAGAAGUGCUACGAACAUUCUUUGAUGCAAAAUCUGUUGAGUCAUUUGCCACUGAGCCCAGUGGCAUUAAGGUGGAGGUCGAUGAAAGGGAGAAAGUGGAGGACCUUUCGCCUUCUCUCUCUCCUCAUGUAAUGUCGACAGCAGACAUCGCACAAUCUUCAACAUUUGAGGUCGCUACGUCGACUACUCGUCGAGCAUCUAACGUUGCACUCAAGAAGCCAUUAACAGUAGUUGCUCCAACUACUGUUAUUACGAAGCGGUCUUCUCCGUCCCCAAAUUUACCCACAACGCCUUUCAAUACGGCUGUGGACUCAGAGGUCUUCCAUAGUCAUACCAUUGUCCGGCCCCCACAUAAACGCGCUUCAACUAUCAAGGCGGAACAUCACGUUCCCUCACGAACUCCAGUCAGAUCGAGGAAUCGCUCUCGUCAGAGCACUGAUUUGCUUUCUGGUAGACCCAUCCCCCUACACCUUCUUGCUAUUUUGUUGUCGUUAAAGUUGGUAGUAUUGGAGAAGUCAGUUCAAGCUCAAAUGCUGAGGGAUCUCAUUCCACCACUCCUAGUGCCAUCUCCAUCUCCUUUGGUAACUCAGUUGGCGCCGCGUCGUCGAUGGCGACGAGGUCUGUUAUCAGCGCUGGCCACGGUGUGCUCCCACCGCCACGCUCAUAUCUUUCUUCACCCCGUUACCGAUGAGAUCGCCCCGGGCUACUCAAGCAUGAUCUACGCUCCAAUGGACCUGACCAUGUUGCGCCGACGUGUUGAGACGAGUCUUGCACCACUCACUGCAUCUGCGACAGUGGGCUCCUCGUCAAGAAGCGGUGGUGGUACUGCUACAGUGGAGAGCGUCCCCACGGCUCAGCAAGUGGUCGCGUGCAUCGCCAAACAGUUGCUGCGUGACCUUCUCUUGAUGUUUGCGAACGCGCGCAUGUACAAUAAUCGCGAGCACGGCGUCCACCGCAUAGCCGGAGAGAUGUGCUCUGAUGUGUUAGCUGAGUUGCGUCCGCUGUGGGUUCUGUGGGCCGAUGUCAUCCCGGGUUUGCCGCCAUUGCCAGGUAGUCCAAUGGCAUCAAGUGGCGUUUCCUCAAUGCUCCGACGUCGAACCACCAUAACUCCACUCACCGCCUCUACAACCGCACCCAACCAUGCUAGUCCACCCUCCACCCCGCCUUCCUUUCAGCAAUAG